AUGAGUACUGAAAAGGACGAAGUUAAACAGGCCUCAAGUGACGUCCCUCCCGAGGCGGAACCUCGUGUCUCCGCCGAAGAUGCCACGACCGUAGUCUUUAUUGACCCCGAGAAGGAGAAGGCUACUGUCAGAAAGUUCGACCGAUAUGUUCUCCCCCAGUUUGUGAUUAUCCAAGUAUUGUCGUAUCUAGAUCGAACAAACAUCGGAAACGCUCGUAUUUUCGGGUUCGAGGAAGACUUGAAGUUCAAGGGCAAUGACUUUGCCAAUCUCACAUCUUUGUUCUACGUCACGUUUGUGCUAUUCGAAAUCCCUUGGGUCCUCGCUGUUAAGAAAUACGGUGCCAACUCGGUUAUUGCCACUGCUAUCGUAAUGUGGAGUGUGGUGGUUAUCGCCACGGGCUUCAUCCAUAACUACACCCAAGCCGUCGUCCUCCGUCUCAUUUUGGGUUUCACUGAGGGGGGCAUCUUCCCCGCCUUGAGCUUCUUGAUAUCGACCAUCUAUCCCCGCGAGAGUCAAGGCAAGCGCAUAGCGGUUCUGUAUGGCUCCACGGCGCUCGCCGGCGCGUUUGGCGGUCUGAUCGCAUACGCCAUCCAGCUUAUGGGAGACAGACGGGGUAUUAAGGCUUGGAGAUGGCUUUUCAUCAUUGAGGGUGCCGUUUCCAUCGUGUUUGGCUUGACAUGCUGGGCAACUCUUCCUCGUUCAGCGGAAGAGGCUUGGUUCUUGAAGGGGGACGAGAAGAGGUUGAUGAAGGAUCGUAGAGCACGCGACAUCGCCUACACAGGCUCGGAUGAAUUCUCGUGGUCCUACGUUUGGAUGGCAGUUACAGAUACUAUGGUCUGGGCUGCCGCUCUCAGUUUAUUCUGUGCUGGUGUUCCCCUCUUCGGAUUUGGUACUUUCUUGCCUACAAUCAUCAGGGGCUUGGGCUUUGAGUCUCUCCAGGUCAACUACCUCACGAUUCCUGUGUAUGUCACAGGCUGUCUCAUCCUCGCCGCUGUCACCUUCACGUCCGAUCGGUUAAAGAAGCGCGCCGCCGUGGCCGUUUUUGUGCCGUUGAUUGUCAUUGUUGGCUACGCUAUCGCCAUUGGAACUCCUGUGGCGGGUGCGGGAUUCUUUGCCAUGUUCCUAUGUUCGGGCGUAUACACAUACAACACCCUACUAGUUGCCUGGGUAUCAAACAACAUCAAGCCAGACCACAAGCGAAGUGCAGCCCUGCCAUUCUUCGUCUCCAUUGCCAACAUAUCCGGCGUCGUUUCCGGUCAGGUUUACCCCUCAAGCACCGCGCCUCGUUACAUUCUAGGCAACGCCGUCAGUCUCUCCAUGGAGUUUCUGGCCGGAUGUGGUAUUGUGGUUAUCUAUUUCAUUUUGAGGAGGAGGAACCAGAUUAAAGCCAAGCAGAGGGCUGACGGAGUGUCUGAUAAUGGAGAAAAAGGUGACAAGUCUUUGGAUUUCAAGUAUAUCCUUUGA